GUACUUUACAGCUGCUAGUCACCAACAGCAUUCGUAUACGAUGUGUCAGAUAGACACGUCUGCUAACAUGCGCUUUUGUAUUUAUCUAGCAGUAAAGUAAUAUAAACAUCUUACAAGUAUGGGUUACGUUCUCCUCGACUCAAAUUUGCGUGAAACUCCAUCUGCAGACACAUGCAUUCCAAUACCAAGGCAUAAUACAACAAUAAUAACCGAUGUUUAUGCAGGCAUUCCUGAGAACUUGUUGCUAAAUUUUUUGGGAUUCUUGUUACUUGUUAUCUUGUUCGGUUUAUUACGGAAAAAGGCAUGGAAUUACGGACGUCUCGCAUUACUCAGCAAAACGGAUGAGAGAUGGAUGGAAUUAUUUUACGGGGACAACGAGAGUAGAGACACAGAUGCGAUAUGGAUAGAAACAUCCGUUAAUUCGCAACUUUCGCAGGUCGAUAGAGGCUUCCUAACGUGGAUCGUUACUGCGUUUAGAGUAACGGACGACGAACUGUUAAAGCGGGCUGGACCUGAUGGUUUACUGUACAUAUCGUUUGAGCGUCAUUUAAUCGUCUUAACUUCCUUAAUGGUUGUCGUAUCGUUAUGCAUAGCUUUACCGAUUAAUUUCCAUGGAAAUAUGCAAGGGGACGAUGCAACGUUCGGCCACACAACAUUAUCAAACCUGGAUCCAACGUCUAAAUGGAUUUGGGUGCACUCGAUACUCAUUUUAUCCUAUUUGCCUGUGGGUAGUUACAUUAUGAAACAUUUUUUGAGAAAGGUGCGAGACGCUAAACACGGGGGUGAGCUUGCAGCUAGAACAUUAUUAGUCGCGGAAAUACCAAAGCACCAGUGCAAAAGUGAGACUCUUACUAAUUACUUCAAAGAAGCAUUCCCUACUUUAACGGUUGAAGAUGUUACACUGGCUUACGAUAUUAGACGGCUUUCAGCUUUGGAUGCAGAAAAAGAUUGCGCCGAGCAAGCACGUUUAUACUGUGAAAACUAUGCAAAGAGAAGAGAACCUUUAACAAUGUAUCCGUACCCAUGUGGCCAAGUGUUAGGUUGUUGCUGCAAACAUCAAAUUGAUGCCCAUGAAUUUUACGCGAACGAAGAAGUCCGAUUAACCGCGUUAGUCGAAGAAGAGAAAAGAGUGGCAUUGAGCAGACCUCUAGGAGUAGCUUUCGUGACUUUGGGUACACCUGGCGCGGCUAAAACUAUGCGAAGAAAUUUACGUUCUUCGCCUAGUUUAAAGUGGGUUGUAGAUUACGCGCCAACGCCGUCUGACAUCUUCUGGGAAAAUUUGAGUGUAACGAGACCAUGCUGGUAUUUGAACGCUGUUUUAAUCAAUUUUGCUCUAGGUAUCAUACUGUUUUUUCUUACGACCCCAGCUGUAAUAGUAACUGCUUUGAAUAAAUUACCGAUCACAGGAGAUAUUAUGAAUCUUAGUCCGAUAGUUUCAUCUUUCCUUCCAACCUUAUUACUAGUCAGCGUCGCUGCUUUAAUGCCUGUAUUAGUGGCAAGAAGUGAAUCACUGGUUAGACAUUGGACUAGAAGUAGUCUAAAUCGGGCAGUAAUGACGAAAACGUUACUCCUUUUGUUACUGAUGGUACUCAUAUUGCCUAGUUUAGGGUUAACCAGUGCCCAGGCAUUCUUAGAAUGGACUGUGAAUCCGACGAAUGGCACGGAAAGAUGGGAUUGUGUAUUUUUGCCGGAUCAGGGCGCUCUAUUUGUAAAUUAUGUCAUUACUGCGGCUUUACUGGGAAGUGCAUUGGAAUUGGUCAGAUUCCCUGAACUAGCAAUGUACACCUUCAGACUAUGCGUAGCUCGUAGUAGAGCAGAACGAGUACACGUUAGAAAGGCAGUGUUAUGGGAAUUUCCUCUGGGUGCUCAUUAUGCCUGGUUAGCCCUAGUUUUUACUAUGACAACGGUCUACAGUUUAGCCUGUCCAUUAAUUACACCUUUUGGAUUGCUAUAUCUUUUAGUGAAACAUUUGGUGGACAGGCAUAAUCUAUGCUUUGCGUACGGACCGAGUGUUGGCGGAGGUCAGUUAGCAGGAGCAGCGGCAAACGCUAUUGGAGCUGCCCCGAUUUUAGCUCAGGCUGCAUUACUGGCUUUGGGCUUAGUAAGAAGAGGCUUAUCGCCGUUAGCCGCUGUGCAACUUAGUGGUCUUGCGGCAAGUAUUUUAGGUCUUGUUACUGGUGCUACCUUGCCGUCAUCAAAAUCUAAGACACAGGCAGUGAAAAGAGAUUUAUCAGGUGGUCAAAAUUUUAUCGCACCUGCCUUGCGUAAGAAACAAGUUUCUUUGGAAGAGACUGUAUCUAACGACACGAAUUCAGAUUUAAAUAUGCCUAGCUUAAGCAGCACCAACACCUCUUCGGUAAAAGAGAGUCCAAAACUUUAUCAAGACUAUGGUAAAGAAUCGACAGCAUGA